AUGGUUUGUAAAACAAGCCCACUUUUAGUCGUUUCAGUGGAUUACAGAGAGAUGAAGGGCUGUAUUAUUGCAAAACCUAUGUUUGAACUCAAGGCAUCAACAUUUCAGAUAGAAAUUACCCUGUACAACAUGCUUCUAGAAUUUAAUUCAUGUUUCAACAGAGCUCGGAAAAUGCACAGGAUUUAUCUUUUAAAACAACUUUUAAAAAUAACUGACGAGGAACAUAUCAGCAAAAUCGCUAAAAAUUUGCAAUCAAAAGAAAACAUUCAAAUUCCAAACAAGAACGAAAAUAAACAUUAUUCAAGCGCCCAUAAGACGGACAUUUAUCACCUAUGGAAAAAAGCAAAAUUUAAAAACUCUGUUAUGACAAAAACUAUAGCGUUCUUUCAAAACCAUGAACCUGAUUGUCUUAACGAUUCGGAAACUCUUGGCGAAAGAAAGCAUAAAGAAUGGCUUUCUUGUGAUUUUGAAAAAUUUUCAGAGAUAUCCAUAUUUCCUGUCUUUCGUAGCAAUGAUCUCGAAUACUCGUUUCAACAAAUUUUGAAUGGUACUCCUUAUCUAUCGAGUGAGGUAAUGAGAUUCGAACACCAUCGUUUGAGUUCAUUUGCUAAUUAUAACAGCAUUGAUACUCCAAGCGUACUGGUAAUGGCUAAGGCCGGGUGGUAUGCUACAGGAAAUGGAAGAGAAACAAAAACAUUCUGUUGUAUGAUAUCCAAUUCCGCAUGGAAAAAAGAAGACGAUCCGUUUCAUGUGCACAAAGAGCUUUACUAUGAUUGUGCAUUCAUUCUGGGAACAGACUUGGAUCAUGUAUCAAUUCAGAAAGAAAACCCUGAGUGUCAAAGAAAGAAUUCCGAUGCCAACAAUUCAAAUAUUUCAGAAAUUUCGACGAAUGUGCAAAACAUGCGAAUUGUUUCAUCUAAAUCCAAUUUAGCUGAGAAAUUAGAAGAGAGUCAUAUGGGUAAUCAAUCUGAAAUUGAGAAGUUUUCAGAAUUAUCCUCGAAAUCAACUCAGAACACAUCUACUACAUUGAGUAUUGACUGUCCUUCUCGACCAUCAUCAGCAAGCCGGAGAGGAGACAGCUUUCCGAGAGACGUAAGCAUUGAUAGAAACCGCAGGGCACAGAAAUCCGGUUUAAAUGAAGCCGCAUCAUAUCAAAACGAUAAUGAUAAGAGAAAAAUAGAAUUUAGUGAUAGUGACGACGGUUCCACACAUAUUUUUCGUGAGCCGAUACUACCACCCUUAGAUUUUGAGAAACCAAAGCAUAUUGAAUAUUCAACGGUGGGGAUAAGGGCGUCUUCUUUCAGUGGGUUUCCCAUAAGUAGUAGAAAAACACCAAAGGAAUUUGCAGUAGGUGGAUUCUACUACAGAGGUUUUGGUGAUCGAACCACUUGUUUUCACUGUGGUAUUAGUUUGCAAGGAUGGAGUGUAGAGGAUGAUGUAUUCGUAGAACAUGUCCGUUACAAUCCAUUAUGUCAAUACAUGCGGCGAUUGAAGGGUGAUGAAUUCAUAAAACUAGUUAUGGCAGCAACUCACAAUCUCCAGUUGUGGUGUAUAUUUUUUCCCGCAGCAUCUCAAAAUUCUUCUGCAAAAGACAUAGCUAGUACACUAAAAGAAAUGGGAUUCUCCCAAAGUGCAAUAUCAGCGGCAUUAGGCAGAGUCGCGACAAAAAACGAUUGUUUGACUAUUCAGGGCAUAUUGGAUGUCAUUGUUGAAAAUACAGACAUCGUACAAAGAAAUUCAGCAAACAACCAAAGUACAUCAACAGCGAAUGAAGAAAAUGGAGAAAAUUUAAAUUCACAAGAAAGUCUGGCAAAUACUCGUUUGUCUGGUAGUACUACGACUGGUUUUUCAACUGAUUUAUCUAGUGCUUCAAAAAGUGAUUUGACGUUAAAAGAUCAAUUCAUAUGUAAAAUCUGUAUGGAUGAGAGGGUUGGAGUAGUUUUUACACCAUGUGGCCACAUUGUAACGUGCUCGAAAUGUUCUAAAUCCUUAAGAAAAUGUCCCAUUUGUCGUGAAAAUAUUAGGGAUAAGGUUAGGACCGUUAUUACAGAUUAG